GCCAAGACUGCUUCACUUCUGUGACGUAAUGGCCUCUCCUUGUAUUCUUCCUCCAAGGUAAACACUGCCGCCGCCCGCCCCACACGUCAUCGUGUUAUUGUUGCACACACCGGACAGCACAGGAUAGUGAUUCCGGGGAUUACUUCGGACACUGUUGAACCGGGAAUAAAAAACGGCAAAAAUCUUGGGAAAGAAGUUCCCACAUUUUAGAGUUGGAAGUCUGCAAUGUUAUGAAUUAGUCAACCUUAAAAUGGUCAAAAGCAGCAAGAACCUCAGUUAUAUAAACACAUCCUGACACAAGUUUCUAGAUGGCUGAGAGUGUUGCAGUGCUUGGGGGUGGCAUGGCAGGCCUGGCUGCUGCUCAUUACCUUGGACAGUUAAGGAUCCUCCCGAGAGUAGUGUUGAUGGAGGCCUCCCACAGGCUGGGGGGUUGGGUCAGCUCCACCACAUAUCCAGACAAAGUGGUGUUUGAGCACGGUCCACGCACUCUCAGGGUGAUGGGUAAUGCUGGAAUGAACACACUUGCCCUGGCAGAGGACUUGGGUCUGACAGACAAAGUGGUGAGCAUCUCCUACAGUCACCCAUCAGCCAAGAACAGGAUGUUGUUGGUUGAUGGGAAACUCCACAAGCUUCCAAACAGCUUGAAGACUUUAUUUACCAAAAGCCCUCCAUUCUCAAAACCAUUAGCUCUCAGUGCCUUGAGAGACAUGAGAGCACCAAAGGUUAUCAAUAAUGAUGAAAGUCUAUACAGCUUUGUUAAUCGUCGUUUUGGUUCUGAGGUUGCAAAGUAUGCUAUUGACCCUAUGUCUAGAGGAAUUUUUGCAGGGAAUGCCAAAGAACUGAGUGUUAAUUGUAUUGCCAGAAGGUUACAUGAUGUGGAACAAAAACAUGGGACAGUCUUAGUUGGGCUGCUGAAGGAUAGAAAAUAUGCAGCAAAGCUAGACCCAGAUUUACAAAAUUAUGAAUUAGUGAAAAAGGCAAAGAAAGAGAAGUGGAGUGUUUGGUCAGUUACUGGUGGGCUAGAAAACCUUGUUACAGCUUUAGAGAAAAAUGUUACUGAAAAUAAUGUCGACAUAAAGAAAAACACCCCUGUGAAGGCCAUAGUUAGAAGUGGAGAUAAACUUGUUAUCCAAACUGAACAAAAAGAGCUGGAGGUUAACAGAGUCAUUUCAUGUCUUCCUUCUAAUGUCAUGAGUGCCAUGAUACAACCCAUUAGCCCUAAGCUUGGCAACCUUUUGUCUUCCAUACCUUAUGUCACUGUUGGCAUUGUGAACCUGGAGUUUCCUGGCCACCUGAUUGAUGAGCCUGGCUUUGGUUACUUAGUUCCCUCCUCAGAACCCAAUCGCAUCCUAGGUGUAAUAUAUGACACCUGCACUUUCCCUCAAGGUGAUCGAACUAUUCUAACGGUGAUGAUGGGUGGGUAUUGGUUUAAGGAUCUGUUCGGUGAUGCUCCUUCACUUGAGUCUCUCCUUGAUGUAGCUGUGAGUGAGGUACAGCAAUCCCUCAAGAUCAAGGCAAAGCCGACACGCCAUCAUGUAAGGAUCUUAAGAGACUGUAUACCCCAGUAUGUCGUUGGUCACUCAGAUGUUGUUUCCAAUGCCCGUAAGCUGAUUAAAGACUUGAAGCUUCCACUCACUUUAGCAGGAAGUUCUUAUGAUGGAGUAGGACUUAAUGAUGUGAUAAUGAGUGCUAAGAAUGCAGUAUUGUAAAUAGAAUUUGGGGAUAUGCAGGUAAUGUCUUUAUAUUUUGACUGAGAUGAUUAAAAAAAAUGCUAGCUUGUUUAGAAAUAAAUGUUUAAAGUUUGAGAGAGUUAAUGGUGAUCAGCAGAAUCAUGUUAUUAUCUAAUAUGGAUUUAGGAUUUGAGAAUGAACAACAUAUCUUAGCUAUAUUUAUUUAGAGGUAUAUGUAGUAUGUACAACAAUCACAAGGCCAUCCCAACAAAGCUACACUAGAUUGACAAUGUACACGAACAUUAUCUUACAACAUUAUUAUAUUACAUUAUUCAGUACCCUGAUGGCAAGACUUCAAUAUGUUCAUGACCUUAGAGUAAAUAAAUGUGAUAUUUGUAUUGACUUAGUAAGGACUAGUUUGCUAUCACACUGCAGUCUCACAACUGGAGCAAGAUCAAAGUUUGUCCUAAGCCAUAGCAGGUCUAUAGCAAAAACAACAAAAAUGCCCUUGGAUUUGACCUGUUAAUGAAGAUAUGGUUAUUAAAAUUUCAAUAUACAUACUUGUGUAAUAUGCCAACUGCUUUCAUGCAUCAAGUAUAUGCUUAGGUUAAGAAGUAUUAGGGGAAAAGUACAUGUUCCAACUGCAACAAAAGAUUGUUCACAUUUUUUUCUAUUGAAGUUGCAGUCAGCAGAAAAAGAAAUGAAAAUCUUAGUCACAGUACCUCAACAUUGUGGAAGUAACAUUUCUAACCUCACUUAUGGAAGCAUGUACCCAAACCCAAAUAAGUUGAAACAAGCCUAAAUCCAUUUAAUUUAGCUGGUGUUUAGUUUAGUCAGUGUAAAAAAAAACAUCAGAAAAUUUGUAUUGUUAUGUAAGCUACUGUUCACUUCACUUUUUAUGUUUUGGUAAAAUUACUGCUGAAAUCAUAUGGAAUCGUUUCAAGGAUUGCUACAGUGGCACUAAGAUAUAUUUACCAGCUAAGCAUUCAUGUUCAAAUUUAUCAUAAUGGCAUUCCUAAUGAAGUAGCUCCUAGAAGUUAAAAGUUUAUUCAAUGUACCCUCAUUAUCUUUGGGCUUUUUUCAACAAUAAAGCAUUUAACUUUGACAAUUUGCAAUUAAUUUAGGCAGGUAAGCAAGUGAGGUACAUAAUGACGGAUUACCACUGAAAGAAGGGAAUAUAGUUCACUUCACUCGAGGCGGCAAUAAUUCCUGCUGUCUCAACUGAGACUGUAACUUGAGAAAAUCACAAACCUAUAUAAUAUUAUUACAAUAAAAUGAGGGAUUUCAACAAAUGCCUUGUCUUCUAUUCCCAGGAGAAUUAGAGUAGUGUACAAUAAAUUUCUUGCCCAUCUUGAAUACAUUGCUCCACCACCAAGUUGGUCCCAUACCAACACUUUCCUACUUACUACAUCUGCAUCCACUUCAUGAACUUUGCAUUUUCUGCCUUUGUAUUUCAAAUGAUGGAAAGUAACAGUGGUGCAAGGUGGUGGUAGACCAGAGGCUAAUAAUGACCAUAAGGCCACACAGGACACUUGUUUUGACCUAGUUAGUCAUUGAGCUUCAGUUGCUCACUCUGCCAGUCAAUCUUACACAAACAUAGGUACAUUUUUUAAACCAAUUUCUGCAAAUUUUGUUUUUGUAUAUACACAUAAUAAGCAAGAAAACUUAGCAGCUUGUGUGGUUUAUUGUGCAGAAGGUGCACCUAAAUAAAAUAAAGGACAAUCCUAUGUAGUUAUUUUUUCAAGAUUUCUGCAAAUACAAUACCUGAUGAUAAAAAGUAAGUUACUUUCUUUAUGUAAACUUUACACUUAAUAUUUAGAAGUUCACACUGCAAAGUAAUAAAACAUAUAUGGUUAGAUACAAAAUAUUGAAGCCUGAAAAUGACUGAACUACACUGUCAGUACCUUGGCUGGAAAUUAAUGUCAACAAGAUGGAGGUUUAGUCUUAAAAUUUUGCAGCUUUACUAACUUCUAUACAUUUGACAGUAAAUAUAUAAACGGUUCCAUUCAAAAUGGUAUGAUUUCAUAUGAGAGUACAAUGAAUAUUUUUUUGUUAUAAUAUUGAUAAUUUACAUGAUUUUGUUGCAUUUUAAGAAUAGCAGGGUUAACAUUUUUUUUAUUUCCCUUUCACAAUAGCUAUGCUACAAAAAUCACUUGUAGACUUGUAGAUGAAUAGUAUUGUGAAUGCUCAUGGAAAAAACAGAGGUUGAAAAUAAUCUUUGAAUGUAAGAGCAGAAAAAAAAAAUGUUAUUUCAAAAGAAGACCCAUGCUGAAAGGCUAAUGGUUCAUGGCAAAAAAGGGCAGGCUGUGUUUUUCAGUCCCUUUUAUUUAUUUUUUUCUUGUCAUCAAAAUAUUGUUUGAAAAGUAAAAGCAAUGCAACAUCUAUUUGCAAACAUGAAUUUUACUAUUACUGAGAAAGAACAAAUUACUUUUUUUUUUUUUUUUUUUU